GUGUGAGCGAUCACACCGCCACCCACUAGAUCCGCAUGCUAGAACACAACACUGACAGGCAGUUGUGGAAGAAAAGAAAGACGCAACCACCCCACCUCCACCCCAAGUCAGACGCAACGCCGCUCUACAUCAAUAUUCGCACCCCAGUUCGAAGCGAGAGAGAGAUAGAAUGAUCGCAGACGGGGUUGAAGACGAAGAGAAAUGGCUUGCCGCAGGGAUCGCAGGCCUUCAGCAGAAUGCCUUUUACAUGCAUCGCGCUCUGGACUCGAACAAUCUCAGAGACGCGCUCAAGUACUCAGCUCAGAUGCUUUCCGAGCUUCGCACGUCGAGGCUUUCCCCUCACAAGUACUACGAGCUUUAUAUGCGAGCAUUUGAUGAGUUAAGAAAACUGGAGAUGUUCUUUAAAGAAGAGACUAGGCGUGGUUGCUCCAUUGUUGAUCUGUACGAACUCGUGCAACAUGCCGGUAACAUAUUGCCGAGGCUGUAUCUCCUUUGUACGGUAGGAUCUGUUUACAUCAAAUCGAAGGAGGCACCUGCUAAGGAUGUUCUUAAAGAUCUCGUGGAAAUGUGCCGUGGCAUUCAACAUCCCCUACGUGGGCUCUUUCUAAGGAGUUACCUUUCUCAAAUUAGUAGGGAUAAAUUACCUGAUAUUGGUUCUGAGUAUGAAGGUGAUGCUGACACUGUCAUAGAUGCUGUAGAGUUUGUACUUCAGAACUUCACAGAGAUGAAUAAACUUUGGGUGCGGAUGCAACAUCAGGGACCUGUCCGGGAAAAGGAGAAACGGGAGAAAGAAAGGAGCGAGCUCCGUGAUCUUGUUGGUAAGAAUCUCCAUGUCCUCGGUCAGAUUGAGGGUGUGGACCUUGAUAUGUACAAAGAUAGUGUGCUUCCCCGUGUCUUGGAGCAGGUCGUCAAUUGUAAAGAUGACCUUGCACAAUUUUACUUGAUGGAUUGCAUAAUUCAAGUCUUUCCUGAUGAGUACCACUUGCAAACACUUGAAAUAUUAUUGGGUGCUUGUCCCCAGCUUCAGCCAUCUGUUGACGUCAAGACAGUGUUAUCGCAAUUAAUGGAAAGACUAUCAAAUUAUGCUGCCUCAAGUGCAGAGGUGUUACCUGAUUUUUUGCAAGUAGAAGCUUUUGCCAAACUGAACAGUGCCAUAGGGAAGGUUAUAGAAGCUCAUACUGACAUGCCUGUUGUUGGAGCUGUUACCUUAUAUUCAUCUCUUCUUAAAUUUACUCUCCAUGUGCACCCUGAUCGACUUGAUUAUGUGGAUCAAGUGCUGGGAGCGUGUGUAAUGAAAUUAUCUGCAAAAGGAAAGCUUGAAGAUAGCCAAGCAACAAAACAGAUUGUUACACUUCUAAGCGCUCCACUGGAGAAGUAUAAUGACAUUGUGACUGCCCUGAAGCUUUCUAAUUAUCCUCGUGUUAUGGAAUACCUCGACAAUGGAACAAAUAAAGUCAUGGCUGUUGUUAUUAUUCAAAGCAUCAUGAAAAAUAACACUUGCAUUUCUACUGCUGACAAGGUGGAGGCAUUGUUUGAAUUGAUAAAAGGUCUCAUUAAGGAUUUGGAUGGAACUUCCCUUGACGAGGUUGAUGAAGAAGAUUUUAAGGAGGAGCAGAAUUCUGUUGCACGUCUUAUCCAGAUGCUGUAUAAUAAUGAUCCAGAAGAGAUGUUAAAGAUCAUAUGUGCUGUGAGGAAGCAUAUCUUGACUGGAGGACCAACACGUUUACCUUUUACUGUGCCUCCCCUUAUUUUUUCUUCUCUGAAGUUGGUCAGACAACUGCAAGGCCAGGAGGAAAAUGUUUUUGCAGAAGAGGCAUCAGCUACGCCAAAGAAAAUCUUCCAGCUUUUAAAUCAGACUAUUGAGGCUUUAUCAACCAUCCCAGCACCUGAAUUGGCAUUGCGUUUGUACUUGGAAUGUGCCGAGGCAGCCAAUGACUCUGAUUUAGAACCCGUUGGGUAUGAAUUUUUCACCCAAGCUUAUAUAUUGUAUGAAGAAGAAAUUGCGGACUCAAAGGCACAGGUGACUGCAAUACAUUUAAUAAUAGGGACUCUCCAGAGGAUGCAUGUCUUUGGCGUUGAGAACAGGGACACGUUGACACACAAGGCCACAGGGUACUCUGCAAAGCUAUUAAAGAAGCCAGACCAGUGUAGAGCUGUUUAUGCAUGCUCACAUCUCUUCUGGGUUGAUGAUCAGGAUAGUGUCAAGGAUGGAGAAAGGGUCCUGCUUUGCCUAAAGCGUGCUUUGAGAAUUGCAAAUGCUGCUCAACAAAUGGCCAAUGCAACACGAGGUAGCAGCGGAUCAGUCAUGCUCUUCAUUGAAAUUCUGAACAAGUACCUCUAUUUCUUUGAGAAGGGAAACCCGCAAAUUACUGUUGCUGCUAUCCAGGGUCUAAUUGAAUUAAUUACCACUGAGAUGCAAAGUGAGAACGUAGUAGCAGAUUCAGCUGCAGAUGCUUUCUUUGCUAGCACCCUACGGUACAUUCAGUUCCAGAAGCAGAAAGGUGCUGCAAUGGGGGAGAAAUAUGAAGCCAUCAAAGUGUGAGUUGCUGGUGGAUACCAGGGAAAAGCACGGUGACGGGGCAAUGACGGCCCAUUGAGUUUUUGCAGUAUGGAUGUUCAAAAAUAUCUUGUCCCGGGAGUUCCAUCUCCCACCGAGGGACUGAGGUGGCUUGGCUGCUGUGCUCUUUGGGAUGCUGCCUAAUGCUUUAGGAAUUUCAGGCCAACAAUCCUGAUUCUGCAGAAAUUCUGUUGCGCUUAACAUCUGUUGACACUGAUAAUUUCAAUGGCUUUUUUUUUUUUUUUUUUGGGUGUAUGAUAGUUUUGAUAAAUAAAUAAGUAAAUAAUUAUCACAAUACCAUAUUGGAGGUUACAGCAAACAGGUUAGAAUCAUUUUUUUUUUUUUUUUUUAAUAUCCUGGAUUUGUAUGAAUUGUACGAUUUUAUAAUCCUAUGAACUAUUUUUCA